CAGCCUUUACGCUGGGAUGUAUCACGUGAGGCGUUUCAAACCUAAAAGAAGCCCCGAAGAGAACCUCCUCUUGGAAUCUGAACAGGAUCUCGCCUGGACUCCUGUCAUUUUAUCCAUGAGACAGAUCUUGCCCCAGAAGUACUUUUACCUUUUUCUGAUCAUGAAUUUCUUUCAAGUCUUUAAUUUAACCUCUUCAGCAACUUCAUGAUGAUCUUUGCAGAUAUUCUUAUUCCCAGAGAUGUACUAUCUUCUUCUAUAAGGAGCAUUAUGUAUGGGGCAGGCUUUAUUUGCCCACAGUGCCUCGUACUUAUCAGUCAGUCCUGGCUGAAAAAGUUUGAUUACUAUAAGAUCAUCUUAAUUUCUUUCUAUGUAGAAGGAACAGCCUCUAUUGUCAUGUUACUCCUGAGAAAGCAAUACUACUACUGUUUGGCUCUUUAUCUCACUAUUAUCAUGGUUAUCGUGCAAGCUUCGGUUUCCUUGUUUACCCUGCCACUAGCUGACGUGGUCGAUGCAGAUUUACUGAAGUUUAAUCAGCAGUCACCCCUUCCCUCAGUGGUUUUUGGCAUUAAUGCUUUGUUUACCAAACCUGCCCAGUCUUUAGCGCCCAUGGUGAUACUCUCUAGGCUAAACCAGUAUGAAUAUGGAAACACAAAUAGCAGGUAAAGUAAAAAAAAAAAAAAGGCUCUUGAAAUAAUGUAAAAGAAACAUGAAAGCAAACAUAGCCUUUAACGUUAAUUACUAAGCAAUUAUCUUGACCUUUGUAUAUUAUUAGUCACUAACUUGUAUCAUGAGUAAGGUAUAAUAAAAAGUAUUAGUAUCAAA